UGCUUGCAAGCGGAAGCUGCUGGGAACAUGGCUGGCGAUUUAGUUUUGCUUGCUGCCGUAUCUCUUCUUUCUGCCUUCCAGCAAUGCCAUUUUGCUUGGCUGGUGGGAAAAUCAAGAAUGAAGCACAAGAUCAUGCCCCCAGCUGUCACUGGAGCUCCAGAAUUUGACAGAACAUUUCGUGCACAACAAAACUGUGCAGAGUUUUAUCCAAUAUUCCUGGCUGCCCUCUGGAUUGCAGGAUGUUUUUUUAAUCAAGAAUUGGCUUCCUUUCUGGGUCUGACAUACAUAUUUGCCCGCUACAAGUACUUCCAUGGUUAUGUAGCAUCUAUAAAAGGAAGGUUAACAGGCUUUUAUUUGAAUUUGAUAGUUCUAACCUGCUUGAUAACCCUCGGUGCAGCUGGGAUUGUUAACAGCCUUCUGUAUGAAUACCUGGACUUCAGCAUUGGGAAGAAAUUACAUAAAUUGUUUUGAAGAUUUUCUUUUUAAAAAAUAAGUAAUGCAGAUGCUUUUCCUGGACAUCAAAGAGACAAGCCUUGUGUGGCUAAGGCAUCAGAAUCCUUUCCUAACAGCUCACUGCAAUGUAAAAUGAAUGCUUCUCCUGAGUUUCAUCUGCACUUUCUCCUUUCCCAUUGAUCUUGCAAAAGAGUCUAUCAGACAGAAUGCCAUGUCACAUCUGCAUUUUCAAUUAAUGUUCUGGUUUCACAUACAGUACUGUAAACCUUAAAUAAAUUACAUAAAAUUAAAAUCAUUAAUUCACCAA